CGAAAUCAUUUAUUUUAUUUUUCUAUGUUCUAUUAAUUUACAUAUAAUACUAAAAUUCCUUUCAUCAUUACCUUCUCCCUUUCCUUUCUACCAUUUUGGAAGAAAAAAUAAUGUCAAGGAAAGGAGAAGAAAAUGAAGGGGAUAUAAGGGCUCGAGGAAUAAUCAUAGAUCCUUUCAUUCCAGUUCCUUCCGUACCUUCUCAUUCUCCAGAAAUUCCUGAUCCAUCUUUGCCUAUACCUUCUGUUAUUCCGACGUCUGCUAGUCCUUUUAUUACAACAGCUCCUUUUAUUGCUCCCUCUCCAAUAACAUUAACUGAAAUAGUUACAAUAACUGAACAUAAUAAGAAUUUACCAGCUCUUUCAACAGUUACACCUAGAAGGGCUGCGACACAAACCUCAACUAUAACUAAAAACACCCAGAGAAAUACUAGUACUAUUAAUAUUGCCGCAAUUAUAUUAGGCAUCAUGAUUGGCUUUGUUAUCGUUGGUGGUAGUAUAGUAAUAUUGAUACAAAGGAAAUUUUCAAAAAAUAAAAAAGAUAAGAAAAAUCAAUCUCAACGUCCUUCAAUAGAUGAAAAUGUACAUAAUGAGGUUCCUGCCAUAGAAUUAUCGGAAAGAAUUCCAGAUGAUAAUCAUCAAAGAGGUUCAUUAAUAUAUUUUCGCCCUCAAUUUCCUCUUCCUCCACCUCGGCAUCCUCCACCUCAAAGUCCUUUACCUCAACAUCCUCCACAAAGUCCUUCAACAGCUUUAUAUAUGUCGUCUUCGACAUAUAAUACAAGACAUUAUUCAUAUGAACCUCCACUUUCAGAACAUUCUGCAGCAAUUCCAAAUUAUUAUCAAAAAUAUUCGCACUUACCACUUCCGACCGACACUGACGUCAUCUCUCCGGAUAGUGAGGAGAGUCAGAAUAAAUAACAUAAAAUAUUAAUAGAUAGUAGUUACCCAUUUCAGCAAAAAUAUGUCGAUAUUGGGAAUAAACUUAGAAUAAAU